UAUUUGAUUUGGAAAAUUGAUGAAAAAAAGAGGAAAAAGAGAGAGAGAGAGAGAGAGAGAGGGAACGUGACUUCCAUCUGAAAAUUCUCAAAUCCGUACCUUUCUCCCGACAUCGAAAGCUUCGGAUUUGAGUCUUGACAUGAUUCCUUCGAUUCAAGGAAUACCGGGCGAUUAUACUAUUCGAAGAUCGAGUUAGGGUUUUCUGUGAUCGGAGCAUUUGAUCCUGUUCUUCACUCAUUGUUUUCUUUUUCAGAAUUAUUUGGAUUGCCUUUCAAUAUUUUAUUUGACCCCUUGGAAGUGUGGUGGGGGUUUAAAUUCGUGAUGUUGAGACGUGAAGAAGUGAGUUACCACCUAUAAAUUGGUAAUGUCAUCAUUAAGUUGGACUCGAUUAUUAAAAUUUGGUUCUGAUUUGGAUUACGUUGGAGUUUGGGCAGCAACUGGCCGUCAACUGUCUUGAGCCAGAUUUCUUAUUUCAGCAUUAGAUGGUUCUCUUUUCAUAUCUGUGAUUAUACAGAUGGAUGAGGAUUCGGAAAUGGGAUUGUUGUUCCCUAGUUGGAACAGCAAGAAUCCAACUGAUCGCCUUUUUGUUAUUUCUUGCUUUAGUGCUGCCAUAAUUGGAAUUUUGACCAUAGCCUUUACGGCCUUCCAAUGGCGGAGAAAUAUUAAUUUGAGUUGGAUGAAAGCUAUAGCCAGGUCGAAGAGAAACCCCAAAAAAACACAGAGAGUUCCUGUAGCUGCACACGACUGGAUUCUAGAAUCUGUAUCUCGUGGAAAGAAUUUGAGUUGUUGUGUGUGCUUAAAGUCUGUGUCCCCUUCACAAACUCUCGGUCCUAUGGUCGCUUCAAAUAGUUUUAUUCACCGUUGCAACAUUUGUGGUGUGGCAGCUCACCUAAGCUGUUCUUCUAAUGCUCAAAAGGAUUGCAAGUGUGUAUCUAUGAUCGGCUUUGAGCAUGUGAUCCACCAAUGGGCUGUUCGUUGGACUGAGAUUACUGAUCAACCUGAUGAAACCUCUUUCUGCAGUUACUGUGAAGAACCAUGUAGUGGAUCUUUUCUUGGUGGUUCUCCAAUAUGGUGUUGCUUAUGGUGCCAACGUCUAGUGCAUGUUGAUUGCCAUAGUAGUAUGUGUAAUGAAACUGGUGAUAUUUGUGACUUAGGUUCAUUUAGAAGGUUGAUUCUGUCACCACUUUACGUCAAAGAGUCAAAUAGGACGUCCUCCAGUGGAUUUUUGAGCACCAUCACCCAUGGAGCAAAUGAGAUUGCAUCCUCAGUGCGUGCAAGUAUAAGGAAUCAGAGUAAGAAGAGUAAACAUAGUCGUAAACCAUCUGUUCCUACAGGUUCAAGUGGCAGUCUUCGUGACAUGUCUACAGAAAGCACUGCUGAUUCUCAUCGCACAGUUAAUGGUUAUCAUGGAACUGAAAGAAACUGUAAUGGUAACAGAACUUCAGAUGGUCGGCAUCAAAAUGUUGAUAUAGAUGAUAAAAGUAUUUCAAAUCCAAGCUUCAAAAAAAAUUCUUCACUCAAUCAUAAGGAUGAAACUCAUAUAUUAGGAAUGAACCUGAGAUAUGAGUUGAUUGAAAUGCCUUCAGAUUCACGUCCCCUGCUAGUAUUUAUCAACAAGAAAAGUGGGGCCCGCCGUGGAGAUUCUUUAAAACAACGGUUAAACAUGCUUUUGAAUCCUGUGCAGGUAUUUGAGUUGAGUUCUACACAAGGCCCUGAAUCUGGUCUUUAUUUAUUCAGAAAAGUGCCGCACUUCAAGAUUCUUGUCUGUGGGGGCGACGGAACUGUUGGUUGGGUAUUAAACUGUAUAGACAAGCAAAAUUUUGUUUCACCUCCUCCAGUUGCUAUUCUUCCUGCUGGAACAGGAAAUGAUCUGGCUAGAGUAUUAAACUGGGGUGGUGGUUUGGGCUCAGUGGAGAGACAGGGAGGGCUUUGUACAGUCUUGCAUCAUGUAGAAAAUGCUGCAGUGACUGUUCUUGACCGUUGGAAGGUGGCGAUAGUCGAUCAACACGGAAAGCAACUCAAGUCUUCACAAUUUAUGAAUAAUUAUCUAGGAAUUGGGUGUGAUGCUAAGGUUGCCCUUGACAUACAUAAUUUACGGGAGGAAAAUCCAGAAAAAUUUUAUAACCAGUUUAUGAAUAAAGUUCUUUAUGCAAGAGAAGGAGCCAAGAGCAUAAUGGAUAGGACAUUUGCAGAUAUUCCGUGGCAAGUUCGUGUGGAAGUGGAUGGUGUUGAAGUAGAGGUUCCUGAGGAUGCAGAAGGCGUGCUUGUUGCGAACAUUGGAAGCUACAUGGGUGGCGUGGAUCUUUGGCAUAAUGAGGACGAGACUUUUGAUAAUUUUGAUUCACAGUCCAUGCAUGAUAAACUACUCGAGGUUGUCAGCAUAUCUGGGACCUGGCACCUCGGGAAGCUACAGGUGGGGCUUUCUCGAGCUAGACGACUUGCACAGGGGAAGUCGAUUAGGAUACAAUUAUGUGCUGCAUUGCCUGUUCAAAUUGAUGGAGAGCCUUGGUUUCAGGACUUACCGUGUACACUAGUCAUAUCCCACCAUGGACAGGCCUUCAUGUUGAAAAGGGCAGUUGAGGAGCCUCUUGGUCACGCAGCUGCAAUUAUCACUGAUGUUCUGGAGAGUGCUGAAUCUAAUAAUGUAAUUAAUGCUUCACAAAAGCGAGUACUCCUCCAAGAAAUGGCAAAGAGGUUAACUUGAAAGUGUCUUUCUGUCCUUCCUGUAAUUGUCAGGGUUUUGAGUACGAAUCAUUUUCUGCUUUUUAUGCCGCCCUUCACAUCUCUCCAUAGAGGUAAGAUCUAGUGGUUAUUAUUUUGUUUUUUUGUUUUCCCUUGAUGGGUUAUAGAUAGCUGAGGCAUGAUUGUAUAUCAACGAUAUCUGUUAUAUAAAUAUAUACAUAUACAUAGAGUUUCCCAACA